AUGGUUGAUAUUCAAUGUAAAGCAGAAACAUUGGCUAUGAAAGGAUUAUUUCUUAACCAUAUGGAUAGAAAAGAAGAGGCUCACGACUUUAUACUUAAUCCAGUUAAUUGGAUAGGCUGGCAUGUAUAUGGCUUAUUGCAUCGAUCUGAUAAAAAUUAUGGUGAAGCCUUAAAAUGUUAUACCAGAGCUUUGAAAUUUGAUAAGGAUAAUAUGCAGAUUCUUCAAGAUUACUCUCUUCUUCAAAUUCAAAUGCGAAAUUAUGAAGCUUUUAAUGAAUCAAGAAUUCAUUUAUUAUCUUUAAGGCAAAGUAAUCAAAGGAAUUGGAUUAGACUGGCAAUAUCUUAUCAUUUACUUGAGAAUUAUGAAACAGCAGAAAAGGUUUUGAAAAGUUAUGAAGAUACAUUAAAGGAACAUAGUUUAACGAGGUUUGAACAUAGUGAAACACUAUUGUACCAUAAUUUUAUUAUAGAGGAAAGUGGUAAUUUCGAAGCAGCAUUAGUUCAUCUAGAUUUUAUAAAAAAUAAAGUUUGUGAUCGUCGACUUUGGAAAGAGAAAAGAGCACAAUUUCUUUUAAAGUUGAAUAAAUUGCAAGAAGCAGUAGAAGCAUAUGAAGAUUUGAUUAAUGAUAAUCCUGAUUGUUAUGCAUAUUUUGAAGGAAUACUGGAUUCCAAAGGGCUAAAUAAUAAGGACCCAACACUUGAACAAAGAAAUGAAAUCUUGGAUUUGUUUAAAGAAUUGGCCAUUAAAUAUCCAAAAUCUAAUGCAAUUAAAUAUUUUCCUUUAAAUUAUGCCAUUGAUGUCACUUUUAGAACAAUGAUAGAUGAAUAUAUGCAAAUAGCUAUCCGGAAAGGUGUUCCUUCAUUAUUUGUAAAUCUUAAAAAACUCUACACUGAUCCACAAAAAGAAAAAAUUAUUGAGGAAUUAAUAGAAGAAUAUUAUCAGAAUUUAAUGAAUCAUGGUGUUUUUACUCAGAGUGGAACUACUGCCAGUGAUAUUCGGGAACCUCCAACAGCAUAUCUUUGGACACUUUAUUUGCUUGCACAGCAUUACAACCACAAACAUGAUGUUGUAAAAGCUCUUAAAUUUAUCAAUGAAGCAAUUGAUCAUACACCUACUUUAGUUGAACUAUAUAUGACAAAAGGUCGUAUCCUCAAG